GGAUCGGAUGAGUGGCACAAGCAGCGCAAGGAGAGCCACAAGGAGGUGGAGCGGCGUCGGCGAGAGGUGAUCAACCAGGGAAUUGAUCGGUUGGCGGAGCUGGUGCCGAGCGCAGAGAAGAACAAGGGCCGCAUCCUGGCCCAGGCCGUUGACUACAUCCACCGUCUGAAGGCGACUGAGGCAAAGAACAUUGAGAAGUGGACGAUCGAGAAGCUGCUGGCAGACCAGGCGAUUUCGGAGCUGACGAGCCAGAACGAGCAGCUCAAG